AUGGCGGUUCCCUCUCUCACGCCCACGACGCCUACUAGUGUGGACGGCGCCCGACGUCUCUCGCAGGAGCUCUCUGAUGUCACCGAUUCCAUCGAGGCCGAGAAGGUGCUCCGUAAGAUCGAUUGGCGCAUCAUCCCGCUCCUCCAGUUUCUGUACAUGCUGACGUUCCUUGACCGUGUCAACAUCGGCAAUGCGCGGCUCUGGAAUCUGGAAAGCGACCUCCAGAUGACAGGCUACGAUUACAACAUCAUCGUGCUCGUAUUCUACGUGCCAUACAUCCUCCUCGAGCUACCGUCCAACUACUUUUUCAAUCGGGUGGAACCUAGGAAGUUCAUCGGAGUGAUCAUCAUGGGCUGGGGAUUAUCCGUUACUUUCGCCGGCUUCUCCACCAGCUUUGUCGGCCUCCUCGUGGCUCGUAUAUUUAUCGGAAUCUUUGAGGCCGGCAUGUUUCCGGGUUGCAUAUAUCUGAUCUCCGGAUGGUAUCGCCGGCACGAACUCCUCACGCGUAUGGCUUUCUUUUUCGUGGCCAACGAUAUCGCAGGGACAAUAUCGGGGCUUCUCGGCGCGGGCUUGGGGUCGCUUGACGGAGUACGCGGUUACUCGGGAUGGCGAUGGAUCUUCUUCAUCGAGGGAACCGCGACGUGUCUUGCCGCGACCCUCGCAUGGCUCUUCGUACCCCCGUUUCCCGACCGGAGCACGUUCCUGACACCAUCCGAGAAGCAGUGGCUGCUGAAACGGCUGAAAGCGGAUAACAAGGGCAUGUCUCACGAGAAGAUGACGGUGAAGAGCGUAGUAGACGCGCUCAAGGACUGGAAGAUUCUCACAUCCGGCGUGCUCUACUUGGCUGUCUGCACCACCGCGUACUCCAUCUCGGUCUUCCAACCCACAAUUCUCCGCACCUUCGGCUGGGGCGAGCUGAAGUCAAAUCUGCUAAGCGCGCCGCCACGGCUCGCCUCCGGCAUCGUUUCGGUGUUGCUGGGCAUCUGGUCCGACAAGAUCCAGCGCAGAGGGGUAUUCUGCCUCGGCGGCUUCUUCCUCAGCAUCCUUGGACUUUUGCUCAUCGCGUUCUUGAAAGGGAGCCUAAGGUAUAUCGGGGUAUACUUUGCUGCGAUAGGCAUCUACAUCGUUCAGCCUCUGUGCAUUGCUUGGUGCGCAAACCAGGUGACGAGCUCCAACAAGCGAGGGACCAUCACCGCCUUCGCCGGCACCUUGGGCCAGCUUGGGGGAAUCAUAUCGGCGCUGGUGUUCCCGUUGAAGGACGGCCCGCAGUACCUGCCGGGGAUCAUGACCUGCAUCGCCUUCCAAAUCGCGGGUAUCAUCGCCGCCAUCAACAUGUGGGCUAUCUGCGCCUACGAGAACAGGCAGCGCGAGGCAGGUAAGCGCGACUACCUGCGAGAGCUGCCUCGGGAAGAGAGGGAUAAAUUGGGCGAGAAGCAUCCGGACUUCCGCUACACCCUGUGACGGCUCAUAACUGCUAGGAUGUAGGCACGUUGGUGGGCAGGUAAGGUAGAUAUGUGACUGUGUUAGGGACGUAGCGCGGUGUGUAGGUUUGUCGUGGCCUGCGAGGCAGACAGGACAGGGACCUGGGCGCCUAUCCUAUAUAGGCCUAGCUAUAAGACCCGCAGUUAUGCCGGUCAUACACAAAAAUACCUUCGGCCUCGUAAGCCUUCUUCUGGCGCUAGCGCCCGAACGACCCUGGAUGUUUCGACAUCGGUUCCGGACAAAAGGCUCUCGGCUAUAAGCGUACCU